ACUAACCCGUCCAAGAGCAAGAGCAGAAGCGGAAGUACGUCAUUGUGUGCGCGACGCUGUAUGUCAGUCAGGGUCGCUGACGAAAUAACAAGAGCAAUAGACAUGUUUUCAAUGAAUAUAGUGCGCACAGCGCGGCACCGCGUUGUCCCUCAAUGCGUCAGUAAGAGACACUUCACGGCGCCAUGUUUGAGAGCAGUGGGCAGGAAGCAGCUCGAUGGCCGCAGAAGCUCCUUCCUCAACCCCAACCAGGUGCAGUCCCCCCGUCCAUCCACCUGCUGUCUGUCCUCCUCCCCCCCCCCAGAGGACGGGGACCUCGUCUACACCGGCAGCCUGGCCAGAGCCGUCCGAGGGGUCAAACUGUUUUCAUACAGCACCAGCGGGGCCAGCUGCUUUCUCGUGCCCCACACCCUCCUGAAGACCGGACUGGUGGUCCAAAGCUUUGCCUUGAAGGCCGCUUUCUGUGGAGUCAUUGGAUUUUUCACCUUCCUCACCCCAGUCCUCCUCCACCUCAUCACGAAGGGCUACGUGGUCCGCCUCUACCACCGGGCAGACAGAGACACCUACACAGCCAUCACCUACAGCGUCUUCCUCACUGAAAAGAAGAGUGUGUUCCACCAGAAGCAGGUCAGGAUCCCCGCAGUAAGCAAGAUGUUCACCAGCUUCUAUGCUGAUAAAAUGGGGCUACUGGUAAACCCGGACAUGUUCCGCGUUCCACACGACUACAACCACCUGAUGGGCUACGAUAAGCCCUUCAGCUUUGACGCAGACCACAUCAAUGACCCAGAUAAGAGCUGAACUGCCCACCUGAUGGAGGUGGUGUUGGUGUAGGUUCCAUGACCUCCCACAUUUCACACAUCCACCUCUAAACAGAUUUCCCUGUCAAUAUUUCUUGUUAAUAAAUUACGACAUCAUUUAA